AUGUCUUCUGAGCAAUAACAAUAACAAACGAAAUUGCAUAAAUUGCAAAAUUAUUAUCAUCAAUUCCAAAAGGCUGAAAUCACUGGAACUUAAUUGAAAUCUCAAUUAUAAACUAAUUUAAAAAUCAGAUGGAAUCCAAAUUUAGAAAAUAUCAUUCAUCAAGUAGAUCCGUCAUAUACAGAUUUUGUUAGAUCAAUCAAUAAAACCAAUAAGUACGUACCCAAAUAAACAACACCUAAAUUGACUGAAUAAAUCAAUUAACCCAAGAAAAUAAGAACAGAACAUAUAGGACAUGCAGAUUUACUUAAAUGGGAUUGA